GAAUAAGCCGGCAUCUCCAGGAUUACCACGCGAAAUGCGUAAUCAAUCUACGAGUUCUCCUCUCGAAUUUAUCUUUAUUCUAGAAUAAAUUCACCAUUCGAAUGACUACAACUUAAUGGACGCAUUGGAUCUACUCGUACAUCUCUGAAAGCGAUGCUAUCCCCGAGGUUCAGACCCAACAUCUCUCUUCGACUACGCUAGCUUCCUAGAACAUAACGUCAAGAUGAGUGGAGACAUGAUGGCUUGGACUUGCACCCAUGGUGGAUUUCCCAAAGCACUUCAAUUAUCGACAAUACCAUAUGAUAUAGGGCCAGUUAAAUCAACGGAGAUUCGUGUCCGAACCAAGGCCGCGUCCAUAAAUCCAGUCGACGUCCAGUUGAUGUCAUACCCUCUACUAUCACGCCUUCCGAGCUUUGCCAGUUCCUCCCAGAAAGGGGUCGGCGAGGACUUUUCAGGGGUGGUGGAAGAAGCAGGUGUCGACUCCGGGUUUAGGGCAGGCGAUGAGGUAUUUGGCAUCAUCCCUUUCGUACCAGGAGGAACUCUACAGGAGAAGAUCAUAGUCGAUACUAGGAAGUCUGUGGUAGUGGAUAAACCGAUAGAUUGGACUUGGGAACAAGCUGCCGCUCUCCCACUCGUCUGGCUUACAGCUCGAACGACCAUCGAGGAAAUCGAAUCUUAUGUUAAUAAUGGGAAGGUUGUUGUCCUCGGCGGUAGCUCCAGCUGCGGAAUGUAUGCGAUUCACAUUGCCAAGCAGCGUGGUUGGACAGUGGUUGCUUCAUGCUCUAGUCGAAAUACCGACUUCGUCCGUAGCAUGGGCGCAGACGACACCAUCGACUACACGACAACGAGUGUUCCUGAGCAAGUCAAGGCGUUUGGACCUGAUGUCAUCAUCGAUUUCGUUGGAGGGAAAGAGUGUCUAGGACUCGCUAAGAGAUACGUAACAGUCGUUGGCGAUAAAACGGACCUGACGUCGUCGGGAGGCAGAAACACAUACCUUUGGAACCCCCAGAUGCUGUUACGAGCGUUCGGUGGAAGGGCAGGCCUUGGUCCCUCAUAUACAUGUAUUAAUCUCGAGUUCAAGUAUUCUUUCUUAGAAGAGGUCUUAAGUCUCCCUCCAGAUAAGAUCAUCAUCGACAGUAUCUUUGAGUUUGAUCAAGCUACGGAAGCGUUUCAUAAGCUUAUCACGGGGCAUACGAGGGGAAAGGUAGUGGUUAAGAUGUCUACGUGUGUUAGGGUUCGCUAUGCAUAAAUACCUAUGUUAGGCGAGGAAAGAAAUGUGAUCUCCUAUACCUAUGUGGUGGAGUCACAGGUGCUGUAUGAGUACCUAGUAGGUACCUACCUAGGAAGAUCGCAAUGGUUGAUAACAGAAUGGGG